UAGGACAACAGUCGGCCGGUUGCGUUCAGGACGAGGGGACGAGGACGAUGGAUUGAUUGGGUCAUCCCCGCGGCAACGUACGGCCAAACACUCAUCAAAAUCGAGACUACAGGAAUGAAAAGAUAUUCAGUCCUUUUGGAGUUACUCCCCGAGUCACGUGCAACUGCACUCCCGAUAAUUUUAUAUUUUCAUUUAUCAGUUAUAUAAUUUAUAGUUUAUGCGCCGCCAAUUCGUGAACAUGCGAAAGCUGCGGGUGCAUUUCAUUCUGACGUUGAUGUCAGUGGUCUUAGUUGAUGUUCAGGGUCAGAAUGACGGGCAAACGAGCGACGGGCCCACAGGACCCAGAGCAGUCAAUCUGUUUGUCAUCAACGAGGAGACGAACGACGUGGCGAAUCGCAGUGUCAACAAUGCCCUGAAGAGCAUAAGGGACAAUCACAUGGGGUGGCUGGGUGAAACCAUAAUAAUCCAAAUAAACGGCUCUGACCCUCGUGACGCACUCGAGAGAAUCUGCACCGCAUGGGAUAGAGCAGUGCGCGACGGUGGUCGUGGGGUGCCCGAUCUCGUCCUGGACGUAACGAGAAGUGGCUUUGGAGCUGAAACAGUGAACUCCUUCACAUCAGCAGUGGGCGUGCCAACCCUCUCCGCCCAAUUCGGCCAAUAUGGGGACUUGAGACACUGGAGGGACCUCACCCAGGACCAGAAGAAGUACCUCAUACAGGUCCUGCCACCGGCGGAUUUGGUCCCCGAGGCCAUUCGCCAGCUCGCGAUCACCAUGAACAUCACCAAUGCUGCAAUAAUGUUCGAUCAAAACUUCGUUAUGGAUCACAAAUACAAGAGUCUGUUGCUGAAUGUACCCACCAGACACGUCAUCGUCAGGGCAAAAGAGUUCCCAGCCAUUGAUGCACAACUUUCACAGCUGAGGGACCUUGACAUCGUCAAUUUCUUCGUCCUGGCGAAGGAGGAGGUCCUGACAGCGAUUCUCGAUGCCGCCGAGGCGAAGAACUUCACUGGCCGCAAGUACGGAUGGUACUCCCUGAGUCUCGAGGAGUUUACGCCCAAGUGCGACUGCAAAAAUCUGUCGGUUCUCUUUUUCCAACCGCAGUCCACCAGCUCCAGUCAACAGCAAUUGGGGGGUUUGACCAGCAAAGGACUCCUACAGCCGCCACUGAUAACAGCUGCAUUUUACUACGACGUAACUCGUCUCGCUGUUCAGGCUAUGAGGGACGCCACUGUCAAUAAUCAGUGGCCGAUGGAGCCCCGACACAUCACCUGCGACGAGUUCAACGGCAACAACACGCCAACAAGAAAUUUUGAUUUUUUGGAAAAAUUGAGGAACGUCACCACCGAUGGAAAGUUCGAGCCGACCUACGCUAGCUUCCACUGGGGAACACAAAAUGGCGAUCAUAUGGCUAACUUUACCAUGAAAAUCAGCCUCAUUGUUAUCGAUGAUGGCAAUGCCAUUUCUACAAAUGCCAUUGGGGAGUGGCCAGCGGGAAUUGACUCGCCUCUGCAGAUUUCUCCAUCAAAAACGGAGAUCGUCCAGAAUCACACAGCCGUAAAGAGCUUUCGUGUGGUGACCGUCAUCACCCCGCCCUUCGUAAUGUACGAUCCCGAGACAGACGAGUGGUCAGGUUACUGCAUCGACCUUCUAGACAAUAUCCGAAAUAUUCUCCAUUUCGAGUACGAAAUUCGCGAAGUUGCUGACGGUGAAUUCGGCUCAAUGACACCAGAUGGCACGUGGAAUGGAAUGGUCGGAGAGCUGAAGGACAAACGAGCGGACAUCGCCCUGGGUACCAUAUCAGUGAUGGCUGAACGAGAGAAUGUCGUCGACUUUACAGUACCUUAUUACGAUCUAGUGGGCAUAUCGAUCCUCAUGAGGAAGCAGAAGGCAGCAACAUCGCUGUUCAAGUUCCUCACUGUUCUGGAGAACGAUGUCUGGCUCUGCAUACUGGCGUCCUACUUCUUCACGAGCUUCCUGAUGUGGCUGUUCGACAGAUGGUCACCAUACAGCUACCAGAAUAACCGAGAGAAGUACAAGGACGAUGAGGAGAAGAGGGAGUUCAGUCUGAAGGAGUGCCUCUGGUUCUGCAUGACGUCCUUGACACCUCAGGGUGGUGGGGAGGCCCCGAAGAAUCUCUCGGGGAGACUCGUUGCUGCCACCUGGUGGCUCUUCGGUUUCAUCAUCAUUGCCUCGUACACUGCCAAUCUCGCUGCCUUCCUGACAGUCUCCAGGUUGGAAACACCGGUGGAAUCCCUGGAUGGAUUGAGCAAACAGUACAAGAUCCAAUAUGCACCAGUUCGUCCUUCAGAGGCUUACACGUAUUUCGAUCGCAUGGCGAAGAUCGAAACUCGAUUUUAUGAGAUUUGGAAAGACAUGAGCCUGAACGACAGCCUCUCAGACGCCGAAAGGGCCGAGCUCGCUGUCUGGGAUUACCCGGUGAGUGACAAAUACACCAAAAUGUUCCAGGCGAUGAAGGAAGCGGGAUUUCCGAAGAGUAAAGAGGAGGCGGUGCAAAGAGUGCGAAGAGAACUUCAAAAUUCAUCCCAAACAGACUUUGCAUUCAUCGGAGAUGCUACUGACAUACGGUACCUGGAGAUGACAAACUGCGAUCUGAUCAUGGUCGGAGAGGAAUUCUCCAGGAAGCCGUAUGCUAUUGCAGUCCAGCAGGGCUCACCACUCAAAGAUCAAUUUAAUAAUGCGAUCCUCCACCUACUGAACAAACGCAUCCUAGAGCAGCUGAAGAACAAAUGGUGGGCGAAAAAUCCAGCGAAAAAGACCUGUGAAAAAGAGGACGACCAGAGCGAAGGGAUCUCCAUUCAGAACAUCGGAGGUGUAUUCAUCGUCAUCUUCGUGGGUAUUGCACUCGCCUGCAUCACCCUGGCCUUCGAAUACUGGUGGUAUCGUCACCGCCCGAAGAAGCUGGAGCAAAAGCGCAUGGCAGCAGCGAAGAAAUCCUCACACAUGCCGAAUCCAAUCAGGCUGACCUUGGAGCCAGCUAGGGCUCCUCAAUUUCCUGAUGUUCGUUCUAGAUUCUGAAAGCUCUGGGCUUUCCAUCUCUAUCUUUUAUAACGUGAUAGGUAUAAUUUUAAUGACUUUCACUAAUGAAUUGGUCAUGACUCAGCAUGUAACAGUCAAAUUAAAGUAAAAAUUUCAAUCUCGAAUAUAAAAAAAUGUCCAGCUCAUAAAAUUGAAGGUGAGAUUGAGUUGUUGUUGAUGGAUUGAUAAAUAAAUAACAAAGCCUCACGGUGUAAUAUUUUUUAUUCGUGUUUGUUUUUUUUUUCAAUUUCUAAUUCUGCAUUCGAUACAUCUGGUUUCUCAUAACAGUGACUUUUGAGGAAUUAAUCCAUCUAAUUCGCUUGUGUGUGCUUUCAAUUCCAGACGAUACGAAAAUUCGUUUUAUGACAAAUAAAACAAAGACAUGAAUGUUCUGCCAUAAAUGGAGGGGGAGAAAUACGAUUAAUCUCGAUGUAGAAGCAAAUUAUCGGAAAA